AGUUGCGUGUUUGUGUUUUGGUCCGGGAGUAGAAGGAGGAGGAAAAGACGGAAGUUGGAGGCCGCGUUCACCCCAUCGUGAAACACGGAAGAGCCUCUGUUCCUUGUCCCCUGUGCCAUAAACCGCAGGACCAGGCGUUUGGCGGCAUCCUUUCUUUUCUCAAGGAUUCGUUCGCGGGGAACGGAAGUGGCGAAGAGGCCCCGGUUUUCCGUCACAGCCAGCAAAACAUUUUGGAGGAGAGGAAGCUAACACAUCCAGAUUAUAGUUAUCUUGCUCACUUGCUAUUAUGGAAUGGAGGGAGAUCUGGGGACAAGGCUGCCUUGAAGUGAAGGCACAUUGAGAUUCACAUCCUGGAAUCUUCUUUUUAAGAAUCUGAAACAAGGGACUCCUUUCUAGUUUGGACAUGGCCAACCGAGGAGCAACUAGACCCAAUGGGCCCAAUGCUGGGAAUAAAAUAUGUCAGUUCAAGUUAGUUCUUCUUGGUGAAUCUGCAGUUGGCAAAUCAAGUCUGGUGCUUCGCUUUGUAAAAGGCCAGUUUCAUGAGUUCCAAGAGAGUACAAUUGGAGCUGCUUUUUUAACGCAAACUGUAUGUCUUGAUGAUACAACGGUAAAAUUUGAAAUUUGGGAUACAGCUGGUCAAGAACGAUACCACAGUUUGGCACCAAUGUAUUACAGAGGAGCACAGGCAGCUAUAGUUGUAUAUGAUAUUACCAAUGAGGAAUCCUUUGCAAGAGCAAAAAACUGGGUAAAAGAACUUCAGAGGCAAGCAAGUCCCAACAUUGUAAUAGCUUUAGCAGGAAAUAAGGCUGAUCUAGCUAACAAAAGGGCUGUAGAUUUUCAGGAAGCACAGUCUUAUGCAGAUGACAACAGUUUAUUGUUCAUGGAAACAUCAGCUAAAACAUCAAUGAAUGUAAAUGAAAUAUUCAUGGCAAUUGCUAAAAAGUUGCCGAAGAACGAACCACAGAAUGCAGGAGCUAUCAGUGGUAGAGGAAGAGGAGGAGUAGAUCUUACUGAACCAACACAACCAACUAAGAGUCAAUGUUGUAGCAACUAAACUUUCAGCUGCUUUAAACUGUCUUGAAUAUUCUUCCGCUUCCUAACUUGUUAAUAACAAUGGAAUUUGGAGUGUUUAACCUGGCCCAAUACAGCUUCCAAAAUCGAAGAGACUUAUGAAAUAGUUGUUUCUAAUACAGAAUGAUUUUGUCCUAAUUUUUAAUAACAUGCAUGUAUCACUGGCUGUUAUGUUUCAACAACGGGGUGGGGUGGGGAAGGAAGCUGGAUAAACCUGCUUCAAUUGAGAGGUUUAUAACUGGAUCACAUGUCAUUAGGAAUAGAGACUGAACUACUCCAUGGAUCUGCAGCUAACCAGUUAGUUCCUCAAGUGUUGGAUAUUGGUUACUGUUAAAAGUGUAAUGAAUAGAAUUUGGAUUCUCCAUUUGUGGUAUGGCAAAAAAAAAAAAAAACCCUAAUACACCUUCUGAAUUUCCUAUAAGCUUAUUCACAGUAUUUAUGCAAAAUGUUUAUGUGGGUAACUACCAUUUAAAUAUACAUUCCACAGUUUCAUAAUUUAAGUGAAAUAUGUGCAACAUUAACAAUUUUAUUGAUCCUGUGCUUGCAAAACAAUUGGUUUUCUUUAGUUGUUACACUAUAUAUAAAUUUGUCAAAACCCAGUUUAAAAUAAAAAAAAAUCAAGCUUCACACAUCUUUUCCUGCUUAUAAAAGGUCACAACCAAUGAAUUCAACUUCUAAUGCAACAAAACAUCUUUCCUAACAAACUGUUGAGACAUAUCUUACAAAAACUAGGUAGCUGAUUUUGAUUUUAAUCAGUGUUGACCAUUAACACAAUUACCUUUUCCCUAAGGAUAAAAUUGGUCAGAGCACUAACAAUUAUGUACAUUCAACUUGAUUUUAAAUUGGGAUGUUAAUGUACUGUAAAUAGGGUACUGCAUUGUAGUCUACAUCUGUUUAAUACUCUGUACUAUUUAAGAGUUGCUUAAAAGUAUACAAUAUGUACAGUUACUUUAAAGAGCUAACAUUUUGUUUUCCCCAGAUUGUGAGGGGAAUUAAGUUCUUCCUUCAUGGCUAGAACAGUAAUAAAUGAUGCUCCUGUACCUGUAACAUAAGUACUACUGUCUGUCUGUAAUGAAUUCUGCAACGUUGUUUUCCAAAGUCCAUUUUAUUUUGAUCUGUCCAGUAUAUUGCACUAAUUCUUUAGUUAUUUUCAUUAUAUGAAAUCUACCAAGUGUCAGAAAAGAUGAUUUAAUCUAUUUAAAUGUUGAACUGCUAGCAAAAACUUACAUGUGCAGAUGUAAAUUUGCAGUAAUUUGGGCUUAGCAAGGAAAAUGACAGUUCACCAGUGUUUAGUUUUAUAUUGAGGUGCUCAGGUUUGAAUAAAGUGGUAUAAAAAGGAAA